CUUCCUCCAAAUGUGGACGUAAAUCGAUCUCGUUAACAUCACAUAACCAUUAUUUCGUCGUGCCACAAAGUUGACUUCUCCAGUUGGCGCCACUACAUCUUCAAGCCAGGUUCGCAACAGCUCAGAUUAACCACAAUGACCCUCUCCCAGCAAGACCAAGCAAAGAAAGACUACGACAACUCAGCAAGCAUCUACAAUGACUACAGCCUCCUCCCCUCUGGCCAACUCGAAUCCCAACUCAUCAAGCUCGCACUCGGCGACUGCACGGGACUCUCAAUCCUCGACUUGGGCGGCGGAACAGGCCUGCACGCCCGCGAAGCCAUUGAUCUGGGUGCCUCCAGAGUAGACGUCGUGGACGUCUCGGGGGAGAUGCUGAAGAUUGGUCAGGAGAUUGAGCGAUCACUUGGUCGCGAGUCCGACACCACGAUGCGCUUCUUCCAAGCAGAUGUCUCCAAAUCGCUUUCUCAUCUGCCGCUGCAAGAGGGGGGGUAUGACGUCGUCAUGGGCAAUUGGAUCUUCAGCUUUGCGGACAAGAUAGAGGUGCUUGAGGCCAUGUUCCGGAACAUCGACACGUAUCUCAAGCCUGGGGGGCGGUUCGUCGGCGUGCGGGACGCGGAUCCUUGGAGCCCGGCGCUUGAGAGCGGGAAGUAUGGCGGGUCGUGUAGGUGGGUGGAGCGCAUACCGGGCGGUGUGAAGUAUUUGUGUGUGCUUCACUGUAGUCCUCCGAUUGAGUUCGAGGGAGCGUGCCUGGAGGUUAUAUACUCAGGAUCAAGUGAGGUCUACGAGAGAUUUGGACUGGUUGAUGUCAAAACGGUGUCGUAUGAGGAGGCUGAGAUAGUGCAGAAGGACCCACAGUUUUGGAACCUGUUUCUGGAGCGACCCAAUCUAGCUGUUGUGCAGGCUGCAAAAAGGAAGUGAUGGGGAGAAAGAUGUGUUUAGAUGCCUUCUGGCGGAAAUGAAUAGCUAACGGGGUCUGCCACCAGUCUAUGACGAGC